ACGGAGCCGUUUGAACCCAUCCCGCCAUAGACAGCAGCUCCGACAGACGUCACGGCAAUAUCUCGGCGACCUUUGCCGUACUCCCUAUUAAUCAACAUCACGAAAUUGCAGUCCCCGCUAUCGACCUAUCAAAUAAUUGGCUGCUAGACCAGCUAUUUUCUUUGUAUACUACGCAGUUCAAUUUUUAGUCAAGAUUACACGUUGUCCUCGAAACAUCAUUCGCGAUGUCUGGCGCAGGAGAGCGUGAAGCCGUCUUCCCGACCCGGCAGUCGCUGGGUAUCAUGAAGGCCAAGCUCAAGGGAGCUGAAACCGGCCACAGUCUGUUGAAGCGCAAGAGUGAAGCCCUUACAAAGCGUUUCCGAGAAAUCACCAAGCGAAUCGAUGAGGCGAAACGGAAGAUGGGGAGGGUUAUGCAGAUUGCAGCCUUCUCUUUAGCCGAGGUCACAUACGCUGUCGGCGGCGACAUUGGCUACACAGUGCAGGAAUCGGCGAAGUCGGCUCGCUUCCGUAUCCGUGCCAAGCAGGAGAACGUCUCCGGUGUGCUGCUGCCGGCAUUUGAAAGCUAUGUUGAUGACGGCAGCAACGACUUUGCCAUGACAGGACUGGGCAAGGGUGGACAGCAAGUGCAAAGGUGCCGUGAGACGUAUGCCAGGGCAGUCGAGGCUCUUGUCGAGCUGGCAAGUCUACAGACAGCGUUCGUCAUCCUCGACGAAGUCAUCAAGGUCGUCAACCGAAGAGUCAACGCCAUUGAACAUGUCAUCAUACCUCGGACUGAGAACACAAUCAAAUAUAUCAACUCUGAGCUCGACGAGCUCGAUCGUGAAGAGUUCUACAGACUCAAAAAGGUUGCAGGCAAGAAACAAAGAGAUAACGAAGAGGCAGACAAGGAGAUGGCCUCCAGGAAGGCCGAGCAGGAAAAACGCGGAGACGCCCCGAAGGAGUCCGACGGUCCCUCAGACAUACUCGGCAACGAGGAUGAGGAAGAUGUCAUAUUCUGAUCCCAGCCCAGCAGCCACAAUCAUUAUAUGAACCACGUGAAUGUCGUGUCUCUACACGUCAAAGGCAAAAGCAGGCUGAUGAGGAAAGACAUGAGACUCCAGUCACUCAAAAUGAACGCAUGAACCCCUUGGUUAUCAUUGUUAUAGUUCUGUAGUAGCUCAUAUCUGCGCUAGGCGAAGCAGAGAAGCAGGCGACAUGUCAUUACAUCGUAAAUAUCACGAAAACAUUGUAUCUGGCCUAAUAACAUCUGAGAAUGGAAAGAUAGCUCGUUUGAUACAUAGUGCCACCGCGGGUUCCUCUACUGUCUCUGGUACGUGACCUUGACGGGCUUGCCC